AUGCAGCUGACUGACCGGAAACCCUUGCUUCGAAGGUUAAAUCCGGGCGAUCAAUCAGCCACUCAACAGCGACUUCUCAACGAUGCGCGUAUCCCCGGAAUCGGGCAAUGGUUUUUCGACCAUGAGACGACACAGGAUUGGCUGAGCGGGACUCGCGGUCGCGUGCUUUGGCUCCAUGGACGAAGCGCAACUGGCAAGACUUUCAUCACCUCGAAUACCAUGAGCCGUAUUCUAGAUGAUCAGAUCCUACCAAACACCGGAGCCGCCGUAUACCAUUUUGGUCGGCAUGAGCUGCAGUUCAACCUCGCUGACUACAACCUUGCGCUUCGCUCAAUCACUAGACAGUUGGUAUCGCAACUUUCGGAGAAAUCUACCUUUCCAAUCCAAGUUUUGGAGACUAUUGACGAUGGCUUGGGAGAUGCCGUAAGUGCCGUGACUAUACUGCAGCUGCUGGCUUCUGAAUUCCGUAGGAUUGUUAUCAUCCUAGAUGGGGUCGACUCCUCAAAUGAGGUCGGCUUGCGUGAGCUGAUGGAACUUCUGCUGAAAGAAAAGACCCAAUUGCAAAUGAUGCUGACCAGUCGGGAUCCGCCUUCACACGCCCUUUCUAACGCCUUUGGCAUCAACACGAUCGUAGCUCGCGCUACCGACGAGGAUUUGAGUCUGUAUCAUGCGAGAGCCAUUGACGAGGCACCUGUCGGUGCAGAGGUGCUGGACGAUUCCCAUACUAAGCUUUUUCCAUAUCAGAAACUCAUGGAGAUGGCUGACGGCCGGUUUCUUCCUAUCAUACCGACUUGGUCGAGCAACAUCGCAUCACAACCGACCACGACUUUUCUCAAUCUGGUAGAGUCCUGGUCAUCAAACUCUAGUAUAGAUGUCUCCCAAGCCUUUUGCAGAGCUCUAGUCAACAGGAUCGAAACUUCAAAGCAUUCAGACAUGGUCCUCUGCUCGCUUUACUACCUGGUCCAUGGCGAAGAAAACGGAUACACGCUUACUCCAUCGAUGCUGUGGGAAGCUCUCAUCGCUUGGGGAAUCAGAGACGAAGAUAACACAGUGUUUACUCUUACACAAAUCUCGGACGCCUGCUCCGACUUUGCCUUUAUCGACACGACAACGAAGGUUAUGAAGUUGCGGUCUCCAUUGCUACUGGACUACUUACGAAAUGAAGUGUUUGGCGAUAAAUACCAUGCGCGCCACAUCAAAGCGACAUUUCUGUACUUGACAAGAAGCGACCACGAAGGCGCGUGCAGGUCAUCUCAAGAGCUCAAAGAGAGAUUGAAAGCACAUCCGUUUCUUUGCUAUGCCGCCAGAACCCUUUCACCAAGCCUUGCAGCUUUGCCGUCACUGCUUUACGACAGAGACUUCUUAAGAAUGACAACUUCACAUCGGUCGGUAGACUCUUAUCUUCAAGCUGCCGAAGCAUGGCCGUACAUUGAUGAAGAGAGCUAUGAUGAGUUCGAGGCUGAGGAAGAGAGAUGGCAUUGCUAUACGAAAGGAUAUAGUCCCCUCCACCUCGCUGCUCAUUUUGGAGCCAGGGAGACCCUGAUCCAGUCGCUUGUUGAUCGCGGUGACAACAUUGAGGCUCAAGCGGCGAACGGACAAACAGCGUUGCAUAUCGCAGCUGAGAUUGGAGAUUCAUCACAUGCACUCAAGCGGUUGUUGGAAUGCGGGUCCAAUGUCGCUGCGGUUGAUGAAGAUGGGCUUACACCUUUGGCUCAUGCGAUAGUAUAUGGGUGCUUGGAAUCGGUCAGACUGCUCAUUAGCCAUGGUGCAGAUAUUAAUGCCCUAGAUGAGGAGGAUUUAUUAGAGUGCUCUCGCGAGAAACCCGAUAUUGCCGAGUUUUUAGUUGGGCUCGGGGUUGAGAUGCCAGUAGAAGAGUCAGAGCCAGAAGCAUAA